AUGUCGCCCCAACUGCGGGCCGGCACACAGUCGGGGUGCGAAUUCGCGCCCCCUUCCGUACCCCGAGGCACAGGGCGCGCCACCGCGCUCCUACCGGCAGCCACUCACCCAGCCCCACCCGGGGGCGAAGAGGUGGGGCAGCCCGACGCUGAGCUCCGCCCCUCCCAGCGUGGUCGCCAGGGGGCGCCGAGGUUCCAGAGCCCAGGCAGUUCCCAGACCCCGGACUCCGCCCGCUCCCGCCCCCGCCGCUCCGUUCUCACCGACUCCGCAGGGCGAGGCGGGGGCUCGGGAAAGUCCCAGGGCGCUUCUGGCCGGAAACAUGAAAGAGCUUGUGCUGAAUGGGCCUUACACCUUGAAAAUAUCAUGCGGAAGUUUUCUGGUAACUGCAGAAGCUGUGCAAAACAGAUUAAAUUCUAUCGUAUAACACAUCAUUACAAAUCUUGUAAGAAGUAUCAAGAUGAAUAUCAUGUUUCUGCUAUCAUUCCAAACUUCCAUAUCUCUCAAGAUUCAGUAAGGAACAGUAAUAGGAGUGAAACAUCCACAUCUGAUAACAUAGGAACUUAUCAAGAGAAUACACAUUCUUCUGGGCACCCCACCUUUAAGUGUCCAUUGUAUCAAGAAUCAAAUUUUACCAGACAGCAUUUACUGGAUGACUGUAACAGGAAUCACCUAUUUCAGAUAGUUCCUGUGAUGUGUCUUAUUUGUGUGUCUCUUCCUUGGGGAGAUCCUAGCCAGGUUACUAGAAAUUUCUUUAGUCAUCUAAAUCAAAGACAAUUUGACUAUGGAGAAUUUGUGAACCUUUGGGUAGACAAGGAAAGCCAGUAACAAACUGCUGUUGAAGAAUCUUUUCAAGUUAACAUCUGA